AUGGCUAAUUUCCGUUCCAGCUUGAGACCAAAAAAAGUUAAAAUUGUAGAAGUUGGUCCUCGUGAUGGACUACAAAAUGAAAAGCAGCCUAUAUCAACAGAGAUCAAGGUAAAUUUUAUAAAUAAAUUAUCAAAAACGGGUUUGAAAGUGAUUGAGGCAACCUCUUUUGUGUCGCCGAAACAUGUUCCUCAGAUGGCAGAUUGUAAUGAAGUUAUGAAAAAAAUAACGCGUGAACCAGGAGUUAAUUAUCCAGUUCUGACACCAAAUCUUAAAGGCUUAGAAAAAGCUAUUUCUGUAGACGUGGAAGAAGUGGCUAUUUUUGGUACAGCCUCGGAAACCUUUAGUCAAAAGAAUGUCAAUUGUUCAAUAGAGGAGAGCUUUUCACGAUUUCAUGAGGUAAUUGAGCGUGCCAGAUUAGCAGGAAUCGCUGUUAGAGGGUAUAUUUCUUGCGUACUCGGAUGCCCUUAUGAAGGUGAAGUCUCACCUGAAGCGGUUGCAAAGAUUGCUGAACGGUUGUACAAGAUUGGAUGUUACGAAAUAUCCCUAGGGGAUACAAUCGGCGUUGGUACACCUGGUUCAUUAAUAAGCAUGUUAACCGCAGUACGUAAAGUGGUACCGGUUGAGCGUUUAGCAUUACAUUGCCAUGAUACUUAUGGUCAGGCUCUCGCAAACAUAUAUUGCGCUUCUGAGCAUGGAGUAAGAGUCUUUGAUAGUUCUGUUGCGGGAUUAGGAGGGUGUCCAUUUGCUAAAGGAGCAACCGGAAAUGUAGCAACAGAAGACGUGGUAUAUAUGUUACAAGGAAUGGGUUUUCAUACGGGUGUGAAUCUUGAAAAUCUAGUACGCACUGGUAAUUAUAUUUCGCAGCAUUUGGGUAGACAAAAUGGGUCGAAAGCAGCCAUUGCUUUAACUGCCAAGAAUAAUUUAUGA